AAAUGAAAUGUAUUAAUAUUGAUGUGUAGACAACUUGUAAUAUAAUAUAACUUGCUUUGCAUCGAAGGAGAAUAUCUCAUGUACGAAUUUCGUUGAAAAAAGCCGAUACAUUUUGUUAGCUACGUAAACAAAAUAUUUUAUUAAAAAAUAAUAAAAUAAAGAAAAUUUUAAAAUGUCCGCGGCUGAAGAUUAUAAAGUUUCGAAUUUACAAAAGCAAGAUCUUUCUAAAUUGGAUAUUAGCAAGCUCACACCACUUUCACCUGAAGUUAUUUCUAGACAAGCCACAAUAAAUAUUGGCACCAUUGGACAUGUAGCCCAUGGUAAAUCGACAGUUGUUAAAGCUAUUUCUGGAGUACAAACUGUUCGUUUCAAAAAUGAAUUAGAGAGGAAUAUCACCAUUAAAUUAGGUUAUGCUAAUGCCAAAAUAUAUAAAUGUGACAACCCCAAAUGUCCGCGUCCAGCGAGUUUUAUAUCUGGAAGUUCCAAUAAAGAUGACAAUUUUCCAUGUACAAGACCGGCGUGCUCUGGUCGUUUUCAACUUGUUCGUCAUGUAAGUUUUGUGGAUUGCCCCGGUCACGACAUUCUUAUGGCAACUAUGUUGAACGGUGCAGCAGUUAUGGAUGCUGCGUUAUUAUUGAUUGCAGGAAAUGAAUCAUGUCCACAACCUCAAACUUCAGAACAUUUAGCUGCCAUUGAAAUAAUGAAAUUAAAACAUAUUUUAAUUUUGCAAAAUAAAAUUGAUUUAGUAAAAGAAAGUCAAGCAAAAGAACAAUAUGAGCAAAUUGUAAAAUUUGUGCAAGGCACUGUUGCUGAAGGAGCCCCCAUAAUACCGAUUUCGGCUCAGUUAAAGUAUAAUAUUGAGGUUUUAUGCGAAUAUAUCGUUAAGAAAAUACCUAUACCAACACGUAAUUUUAUUCUACCACCGCGGCUGAUUGUUAUUCGUUCAUUCGAUGUAAACAAGCCAGGAUGUGAAGUUAAUGAUUUAAAGGGAGGAGUUGCUGGUGGAUCAAUUUUGACUGGAGUUCUGAAAGUUGGUCAAGAAAUAGAAGUAAGACCCGGGGUAGUUACAAAAGAUUCUGAAGGGAAAGUCUCCUGUCUACCAAUUUUCUCCAGAAUAGUUUCGUUAUUUGCUGAACAAAAUGAAUUGCAGUUUGCUGUUCCUGGGGGUUUGAUUGGUGUUGGGACGAAAAUCGAUCCAACUUUAUGUCGAGCAGAUCGUUUAGUAGGACAGGUUUUGGGUGCCGUAGGCGCAUUGCCAGAAAUUUAUGUUGAAUUAGAAAUAUCGUACUAUUUGCUAAAGCGGUUGUUGGGUGUGCGUACAGAGGGUGACAAAAAAGCAGCUAGGGUUCAGAAAUUAUCAAGAAACGAAAUUCUUUUAGUAAAUAUUGGUUCUUUAAGUACAGGUGGUCGAGUUGUAGCUACAAGAGCUGAUUUAGCAAAAAUUAUCCUGACAACUCCAGUUUGCACAGAAGUGGGUGAAAAAAUAGCUCUAAGUCGGCGUGUAGAAAAACAUUGGCGUUUAAUUGGCUGGGGACAAAUUCGUGGCGGAGCGACAAUUCAACCAAAUCUUGAACAAUUUAAACCGCAUUAAAAAUAUAAAUGUGUUGACCUCAGUUAAUUUACAAGAUUAUCAAAUAAAAACGCGAAUAUCAAUUGUUAUUUUCAUUAUUUAUUGGUGUAAAGUAAAUGACAAGGUCAUCUUAAUAAAA